AUGGAAAAUCCUCGUCAAUCUACAAGUGCUCUUUGCAGGACAUUAGCGCAUGCUUUGAAGCGCCUGUUCAAGUCCGUCAAGGCUCGAACUGGCGAAAAUACUCUCAAUGGCCCUGCGGACAUCCUACGUAGGGACUGCUCCCUCCCACCAUCCUUGUUGCCACGGAUCUCCCAGGUUUCCAUGUUCCCAGACUUUGAGUCUCCUGAUAUAUUCUAUGAUGAUGCUGAUAACCGCACACCAACACUCCCAAUGACUUUCCACGAAAGCCACACCAGACAAGGACUUCCAAGAACUCUCCUGCCAGCGAGAUCCCUCAGUCACUUCAAUCUCCAGCAGGUCUAUGCUGACCACUGUGGUCUGCCUGUUCUGCCAACUAGAAAGCAAGACCAUGUUUGGCCAGCCGAACAGCUAACCCCUGCUAAUACCGGCAGAGUCCCCGCACACAAACCGGUACUCGUUUCCAAGAAGUCCACCCUACAGAUUCGUCGACCUGUCUCAUUCCAUGCGAGUAUCGUCAAUGCAGGUCCCGCUGCAUCCAUCCAUUCCGACAGCUCCUCUGCUGUGCUCCGCAGAACGAAACGUUCAGGGAACCUCCGUAAGUGCGCAAUAGCAGAAUCACACACGGCCGAAACAAAUCUGUUGACUCCAAUAGCAGAAGAUGCUUGUUUCUUAACCUCGAAAAGCACUGGUCACGAUUCGUUCCGACUAGUCAAACAUUUUGCUUCCUACUGCAUAAUGGACAUGGCCGCUCCAGGUUGCCCUAUUAGUGCAGUAUCCGAAAAUCUUGGCUAUCUCUACGACAUCAAGGACAGGUUCGUGUUGAAUGCUCACGAAAUUUCCGAGCUUUCAAUGGACCUCAGCAUUGGUCGUGAUCCACAUGGCAACGAGGUCACUUAUCUUUUACUCUUUAGCCCUCUUAUAUCACCAGCUACCACAAAAAGCCGCUUCAUGCUCGUGUCCGCAAUCGAUGUUUCCGGCUAUAUUCGCUAUGCGGCCACUCUUGAGCCCACUCCCGAGCCAAGGAGAGAAACCAAGUACCUGAACUCGUACAGGGAGAGAUCGAAUCCGACACGCAAAACAUCUUCGACUUCAUGGAUAGAUGAAAAAACUGAUCAACUUGCAGAUGAGCUGCUUCAUGGAUGUUCCAUCAAAGAAUCUUCGGCCAGCACCUCUGCAAGCAGGAGAACAAUAUCGAAUGCCGAACCGGUUCGAUCAGCCCACGAAUGCGAAGACAUCUGGACCGCAAUUGCUAGAGAAGAAGGUCUGAUGACUCACUCAGUCUCAGCAGCCUCCAGAUCUUCAGGUUCUCUACACAGCUCAGCGACUUCUUCCUUCCAGAGCCGGGACCCACCCACGAGGUCAACAACUUCGCAAUCAAGUCUCGAUUACGCGGAUGAAAAAAUCAUCGAAACAUUCAUCGACAGCCUUCAAGUGCUGUACUCACAGUAUUUCUUGCUAGUCUGCUCGCCCCUGAACGGUGACUUCUAUGAGAUAUGCUACGUAUCCCCUGCCGUCUACGCAAGUGGGGAAUACGUUUCUGGUCAUCUCUCGCAUACCCCUUUCAACCUGGUCAAUGAGUUCGGUGCUCAUUUGGCUGCGGGAAAGCGUUUUCGAACGGACAUACGUUGGGGUGUUAAUGGGGUAAAGAAGCAGCUUUACUGUGUGCCGUUAAUGGGCCAUGAGCCUGCUCCUUGGAUCUGUAUGCUUGUUGAUGAGGGAACGCCGAUAAAUUGGUGA